UCAUUCAAGAGUCAAAUCAAACGGACAAGUAAGACGUGAUUUUUGACGGCCACACGAAGACAGUAUACAGUUGAUUCGUUUCGGGUCGAAUCGAAUCGCUCCGAAUAUCUCCGUGUGUAAACUGACUCCACUUUACAGACGAACCUGCUCCGAAGUGUUCGGGUUUAAGACCUGUUGGAUCUGUCAUGAAGAGGCGAGCAAAGGAAUUAUAAGAAGCCGUCUGGCAUUCUCUCUAUCUUUCUUUCCUUCUUUUUCUUAAAAUUCAGCAUAAUGCUACGUAAGUUCAGUUCAGAGGGUGCAUUGUUGGAUCUGGACUUCUCUCCAUGGAGACAGGGGGACGAAGAUGUGACCCCUGGCAGCUCCGAUGAUGAGAUGAAUGGGGCCUCAGCAUCCUUUCCUUGCACCCCAGAUGCAAAGUCAUGGAGCGCAGGCAAAAGCGGGAAGGGAGAACUUAACAGAGAUCACAGCUUUAGUAUGGAAAACCUUGUUGGCAUGGAGAAGGACUCUGGUUUCUUGAAAAUUACGAGUCUGAAUGACAGCUUUAAAGCUUACAGUGACAGUCAGCUUGCCCCGAAAGCCACUGGCAGCUCUGAGAGUAUGGGAAAGUGUGACAACUCGCCCAACUCUCCAUCAUCCACACUGAAAUCUGGUAAUUUGUCCAUUUCUCCAAGACCUUCUCUUUUUCACCGACAACAAGCUCGGGCCAAAUUAACAGCUGCUAAAUUACACCUAAAAAGUUUGUUUGGACAGGGUUCACCACAGUCCUCGAAUUCAAAUCUAACCAGUGCAGAGCACAGAGAGACUGUAAGCAGUGCUAAAGAGAGGCGCUCUCGAAUGCCUAUCCUGAGGCAGUGGAGUCAGGUGGGCCAUAGCAAAGCUCAACUCAGCAGAAAAGAGAUGGAAAGUUGGGCCAAGUCCCUCGAUGCUUUGCUGGACAGCAGAGUGGGAGUUACAGUCUUUGAAGCUUUCCUGCGAUCUGAGUUCAGUGAUGAAAACCUGCAGUUCUACCUGGCCUGUGAGCAGUACAGACAAUCGUCCAAUAAAUUCAGCCUGCAGAGGCGGGCAAAAGCAAUUACUGAGACGUACAUCCAGCCUGGUGCUCCCAGAGAGGUAAAUCUGGACAGUAAGACAAGAGAACUAACCAUAGAGCUCCUAAAAGCCCCAUCACACACCUCCCUGUCCCAUGCCCAAAAGCGCAUCUAUUGCCUCCUGGAAAUGGACUGUUACCCCCGUUUCCUUCAGUCUGAGAUCUAUCUCACACUCCUGAGGGAUUCAUACUAGGACAAGACUGGGGGGAGUGUCAAACCAGAACAAAAACAGAACUUUUUUGUGAAGGGACGCCUGGGUCAGAGAACUUUAUAUGAAAAAGUAAUCUUAACUACUGAAAUACAUUUUGGUUUAAUAGCCUAUUGAAAUAAACGGAGAAAAAGGGAAUAGAUUUUGGAGGGUGUUGCGACUGUCUUGAACUUGAAUUUAUAACGGUUUUAAGGGUUAUGCAAUAGGGAGGAAGGUGCUAAUUCUCAAGUAUUGUACAUUGUGUAGGUUCAUUUUGAGCUAGUCUUAGUUUCAAGACAAAGAUCCUCAUGGACCGAUAAGCAGGGACUUAAUGGUAUGUUGACAGGCAACAAAGUGAAAAACACGUUGGGCAAGAAUGGGCCAAAGCACUCUGGGUUAAACCAGGGUCAAACAUUUUACGCAUGGUUAUAAGAAAGUAAAUAAUGACUUAUUCUUAGAAUAUAAUUUACCUGACUUCUGUUUUGUAUCCAUAGAGUGGAUUAAAGGUGAAAAAAAAACAACUUCUGCAUUCAAAGAAAGUUAAAGAUAUUUUAACAUUAAGUCUAAAUAAAAUCUUACCAAGAUGUAUAUAACCAUCAGAAUAUACAGCCAUUCAUUUUGUGAUAGACAAUGUAUAUUUAACGCAAGUAAUAUAAGUGAAAGUUAAAACUUGCUCUUAGUUUUUACAGAUGGACAGUUUAUUUGUUUUGUCAGUGGGUUUAAGCCCCUGUACAUUAGGUUUGUGAUGCCACUUUUUAGAUUACAGAUUACACAUUUAUUGUAACUGUGUAUGUCAUUGAAAUUGUUUAUUGCAAUGGAAUGAAAAUGAUGUUACCAUAGAGUCUGAAAUCAAACUUCUGUCACUGAAUUUGUGUUUUUCGGUGUACUUAAAUAGUAUAAACUAUUGUUACUUUUUUGAAAGGGUAUAGAUACUGCUUUUGAGCAAGCUCACUGGAAUAGCUAGUUACCGCCGCUAAUAUAUUUUCAGUUUCAGAUUGAAGAGAUGAGUUGUGCUGUACAUCUUGGUAUUCCCUUAGAGGGUUAUAAUGGAUGUUGAUGUCAGGGUAAAUCUCACAAAACAAAAUCAAAAUCAAAAGAAAUAAGGUAUUUGUCUUAAAGAAAAAUGCAAAAAGAAAUGUAAGUCUUAUUACUGUAAUGUGGAAAAACAAUUAAAGGGAUAUUUCACCCAAAAAUGAAAAUUCUCUCAUUAUUUAUUCAUCCUCAUGUCAUCCCAGAUGUGUAUGACUUUCUUUCUUCAGCAGAACACAAA